AUGAAUGUUGCAGAUGAUGCCACAAAGUGGGGAGAAGGACCUUGCCUCGAAGAAUCAGGCCGUUGGUUUAGUGGUCCUCCUUUUCUAUGGAAGCCCGAAGAAAAAUGGCCGAAACAGAAAAAGUGCAUCGAAAGCACCGACGAGGAACUUCGAGCAUGUUACAUGCAUCAUGAGGUUCAAAAUCUGCAAAAUCCAAUUACCCUCGCACGCUUUUCAAAGUGGACCCGACUUCUGAGGACAACUGCUUACGUAAUCCGUUUUGUAGACCGCUUGAAGCGACAGGAAUCCGGAAGAAAGAAUGGUACAAACUUGACGCAAGAAGAGCUACACGCAGCGGAAGUGCUACUUUGGAAACUCGCUCAAUCGGAAGCAUAUCGUGAUGAAGUGGUAAUUUUCGCAAAGAACAAGACGUUGCCAGAGGUCGAACGUUUGGAGCUGGAUAAAUCAAGUUCACUGUGGAGAUUAACACCAAUGAUGGAUGAGCAAGGAGUUUUACGAGUUGAUGGUCGAAUAACCAAAGCAAAAAAUGUAUAUGAAGAUGUAAAGUUUCCCGUUAUAUUACCAAGAAACCACCGAAUCACUGCUCUCAUCACAGAAAGUUACCAUCAGAAGUUUCUACACGACAAUUCCGAAACAAUCAUUAACGAAAUGCGUCAACGGUUCUACAUAGCCCAGCUGCGAACUGUUGCUCGAAAAGUAACCGAACGAUGUCAAUGGUGCAAGGUAUUCAAAGCAAAACCAGCAGUGCCUAGAAUGGGUCCCCUCCCAGUUGCACGUCUGUCGCCGAAUAUUCGCCCGUUCACUUAUAUAGGUGUCGAUUAUUUUGGUCCUAUCCAGAUAAAGGUGGGUAGAUCGUCAGUGAAACGUUGGAUCUGUUUGAUUACGUGUCUCACGGUACGAGCAGUGCACCUAGAAGUCGCCUAUGAUCUGUCGACUAAGUCUUGUAUCGCCUGUUUACGUCGCUUCGUAUGCCGAAGAGGGGCACCACUCGAAAUUUACUCCGACAAUGGUCGGAAUUUCUCCGGAGCAGAUCGGGUAUUGCGAGAUCAAAUCCAGCAAAUUGAACAGCACUUAGCAUCAACUUUCACCAAUACGGAAACGAAGUGGUUGUUCAUACCGCCUUCCGCGCCACAUAUGGGAGGAUCGUGGGAGCGUAUGGUACGCUCAAUAAAGAAAACCAUGGCAAGCCUACCACAGAAUCCAAAGCUUGAUGACGAUGGAUUGCAAACGCUAAUAGUUGAAGCUGAAGCGAUUGUCAACACUCGACCACUUACAUAUCUACCGCUAGAUUCUGCAGAGCAAGAAGCGCUCACUCCGAACCACUUCAUCCUAGGAAGCUCAACCGGGGUCAAACAACCCGUGGUGAAGAUUACGACAGAAACGAUACGGACUUCUUGGGAUUUGAUCAUACAACGUAUCGAUUAUUUUUGGAAGCGAUGGGUUUUGGAAUACCUACCUACUCUAACGAGACGUACCAAGUGGUUUAAUGAGACGAAACCGAUUCAAUGUGGAGAUCUAGUAAUAGUCAUUGAUGAAACCAGAAGGAAUAGAUGGAUACGAGGACGCGUCCUGCAGGUGAUAACUGGUAGUGAUAAAAGAGUUAGGCAAGCACUGGUUCAAACACAAGGUGGAUUAUUUCGACGGCCAGUUUCCAAACUGGCUGUAUUGGACGUUGCUAAAUGUAGUGAGCCUGAGGGUUCCAUUCAGCCUCACGAGGAGGGGAAUGUUGCCACGAUCGCAGUAAACCUGCCGAUGUAG